AUGAAGCUGCUGCCCAAGUUGCAAUUAUUGGCAGUACCAGGAUCAGCUCUAUCGCUACAGCAUCCUUUCCUUAGUGAACCAAACGAUGCUUCCGAGAUCAGUUCUCCUUAUAUCCGUGAUGUCAGGGUUGGCCAGUUGAACUUCUUGCACACUACAGACACCCAUGGUUGGCUUGGUUCGCACUUGUUACAGCCAGAUUACGACGCCGACUGGGGAGACUUUGUGAGCUUUGCUGCUGAUUUUAAGAGGAAUCGUCUGGAUGAGACGCAAGACCUUCUGCUUAUUGAUACCGGUGACAAGCAUGACGGCAACGGCCUGAGUGAUGCCACAACUCCUAAUGGAUUCGAGACGACCAGGAUUUUCAAUGAGCAGGAUUAUGACUUGAUGACCUUGGGAAACCAUGAACUAUACCUACCUGAGAACAGUGUCUUGGAGUAUUCGACCGCUACAUCAGCCAAAUUCAAGGACAAGUACGUGUCGAGCAACGUUGAGUUCAUCAACGAUACUGGAGACCCAGUUCCCUUCGGUAACAAGUACCGGUAUUUUGAAACCCAAAACUCGAAGAUCAGGGUGCUGGCAUUUUCGUUUAUGUUCAACUUCAGGAGAUUCAAUAACCGAACUAACGUGGUUCCUCCCAUGGAAGAAGUGUCUAAAAACUGGUUCAAGGAGGUCACAAAGAAGUACAGUGAGGGAAAGGUUGAUUUGAUCUUAGUUUUUGGCCAUAUGCCAGUGACGGACCUAGAAGAUUUCGAAAUGGUCAAGCUGCAUCACUAUUUGAGAAACAUUUAUCCUGAUACUGUAAUACAAUACUUUGGGGGACAUUCGCACAUAAGAGACUACGCAAUUCUUGAUGAAAAAGCCACAGCGUUGCAGAGCGGCCGCUUUGCAGAGACUUUAGGAUUCCUCUCCAUUGAUAACGUCACUUACGAGAACCCUCGCUUCUUCAGACGGUAUAUCGACUUCAGCAAGAGAUCUUUCAAGCAUCACAGCAAAGUGAACAAGCAAGAAAUAGGAUCAACUAAGGGCCGUGAGAUUUCAGAACGAAUCAAACAUCUCAGGAAAAAACUGAAUUUAGAUGAGGUUAUUGGUUAUGUCCCUCAGAAUUAUUACAUGUCAGCAAGACCACUGCAAUCGGAGGACAAUAUAUACCAUCUUAUCACUCAUAAGAUUUUACCAAGGUUGAAAUCGCAUCAUACCAACACAUCGAUUGGCCGCUAUAUCAUGAUCAACACGGGUGCAGUCAGGUAUGACUUAUUCAAAGGUCCAUUUACUUUGGACAGUGAAUACAUUGUCCUCCCAUUCGCAAAUGACUGGAAGUACCUCGAGUUACCCAAUCGCAUCGCCUCCAAAGUUGAAGCAUACCUGAACAAAGGACCUGCAAUUGCAUCGCUAGCACCACCUCACACCGCUGCGCCAUACGUAGCCAACAGUUUAGCAGUUUGUCCCAUCAUUCGUGAUCCGGCGCUGACAGAAGGGUACACAACUGCGGAUGACGGGGGUUGCAAAGGUGAUGACAUAAAGCACAGAUCCCAAAUUCAGUAUCACAUCCCAAAUGUUGUACAAAAUGUAGAGUUGAAAUCUACUGGGCCGGAUGACGUCGUCCAUUUCAUUUUCUACAGCUUCCUUCAGCGGAAUGUACUGCAGGCAGUGAACAAAAUUGCGAGUGACGAAGGAAACCAGAACCUGAGAUAUGACGAAUCGUCUUGCGAGCAUUACGGCGGUAGUUCAACCAAAGUACUACUCAGGGAGUACAUAAAGGAGAUAUCUCGCUAG